GCUCGCCCCGCCCCGGGAUCGCCCGUGCCUUCCCGCGGCUUUGCAGGGAGGGAAGAUGGGUGGGGUGAUGGAGGAGUUGGGGGUGGGGAGGGCGAAGUCUCGGAUUCCCGGGCAGGAUCUGGGGUCUGGCAGCUGCCUGGGUUUGGAGAGGCUUCCAGGGGAAGCGCGGAGUCGGGCCGCCGCGGGUUGGGGCUUGAGUGGACCAGGAAGGGCCGAGUUGUGUUGGGUGUAGCAGCCCUUGGAGGCUCCAGACUGCCAAAGGGCAGAGUUUGACUUUUGGUGUCGGCAAGCCUUGGGAAGCAAUCCCGUGCCACGGUUGGGAUUUGGGUACAUGGUAACAGGGCAGGGAUGAGGGGUAGGGCGUGUGUGUGUGUGUGUGUGUGUGUGGCAUAGAGGCCCUUUUUCUUUCCCCUUGGAGAAACUUUAGCAACAGAAUAGAUAAGCAUUGGGGUAAACUUUGGGAUGAAGUAGAUGGAAGAAGAGCUCGGUAGCGCAGCAGGCAAGGCAGGUGCCAUGGCCCUGAUUGAAGGGGUGGGUGAUGAGGUGACCAUCCUUUUCGCGGUGCUUGCCUGCCUUCUGGUGCUGGCUCUCGCCUGGGUCUCAACACACACCGCCGAGGGCACCAACUCACUGCCCCAGACGUCAGGGACCCCAACACCAGCACAGCCCAGUGAAGCUAUGGCAGUCACCGACAGCAUCAGAGGGGAGGCCCCAGGAACCGAGACCCCCAGCUUGAGACACAGAGGUCAGGCUGCACAGCCAGAGCCUGGCACACAGCUCCCAGCAACGCCGCCACCCCCGGACUCCCCCCAGGAGCCCCUAGUUCUACGGCUGAAAUUCCUCAACGAUUCAGAGCAGGUGGCCAGAGUCUGGCCUCAUGACACCAUUGGCUCCCUGAAAAGGACCCAGUUUCCGGGCCGGGAGCAGCAGGUGCGACUCAUCUACCAAGGGCAACUGCUAGGAGACGAUACCCAGACUCUGGGCAGCCUUCACCUCCCUCCCAACUGCGUUCUCCAUUGCCACGUGUCCACGCGGGUCGGUCCCCCACACCCUCCCUGCCCACCGGGGUCAGAGCCAGGCCCCUCCGGGCUGGAAAUAGGCAGCCUGCUGCUGCCCCUGCUGCUUCUGCUUCUGCUGCUGCUCUGGUACUGCCAGAUCCAGUACCGGCCCUUCUUUCCCCUGACCGCCACUCUGGGUCUGGCCGGCUUCACCCUGCUCCUCAGUCUCCUGGCCUUUGCCAUGUACCGUCCGUAGUGCCUCCACGGGCUCUUGGCAGUGUCACUGGCCGCUCUGGACCUUGCUCCCCACGACACGGUGGGAGCUGCUGUCUGCCCAGGCCCGCCUCUCCGGCCUGCCUCUUCCCACUACCUUGGAGCCCAGCCGUGCGCCGCAGAGCCCUCCGGGGUUCGGCAGAGGCCCCUCCCUGUGACGUCCAUGGCUCUGGGCCACCUCCCGGGCCUGCUGGCCCUCAGCCGCCACUGACAGUUGGCUCCUCUGGGUCAGGCAGCUGCUGUCGCUGCCUUGGUCCUGGGCAGAGCCGGGCCACGCCCCUGGGCCCGUCUUAGUGUUCUGCCUGAGCACCCAGCCACCUCUAGUCCCUAAUAGCUCUUUGGGCUGGUUUAGGGACCCAAGGACCCUGGGGGACUGGUGAAGGGGAGCUGGGCGGGACAGAGGGGUUCUUUGGAACAGGCCCAGAUUAAAUAACUGUGAAGUUUUCA